AUGGCGUUUGUCCCAGUGCUGGUUUUAUCGGCAUUGGUACUGUCAUGCUCCGGACAGGCGAUAGACGACUACGAUUCACUUGAUCUGGAGUGUGCCCGCGAGAACAUGUACCACUGCAACGACGGAGCAUUCGAGCACUAUCUAUGUAAGGAUCAAAACAAGUGUAUACCUUUCGAGUGGAUGUGCAACAACGUCACAGAAUGUGACGACGGCAGCGACGAGGAAGACUGCACUAUAAUGCCAGAGCCGGACAAAAAUGCUACGUGUAAAGGUUUCGCGUGUGAUGGCGGCCGCUGCAUAUCUAACUUAUGGAUCUGCGAUGGACGCUACGAUUGUGAUGAUAGAUCCGAUGAGCAUUCCGAGGAUUUGUGCCGUAAAACUCUCUUCCCGUUUCCUAUUCAUGAUGUCUCCACAUGCACAGAGAUACCAAACUCAGGCGAUCGCAACUAUCGCUGUAUAGAUUCCUCGUUCUGUUUACCAAAGUCUAUGAUGUGUAACGGUAUAGCAGACUGUCGUGAUGGCAGCGACGAAGGCCCGUUCUGUGAUAAAUGCAACGACACAAGAUGCGAACCGGAUCGCUUCGGUCCCGCCUGUAUCUGCGCCUCAGCACCAGCCUUCAAGACUUACAACUACGCGACUAACGCGUGCGAGGACAUAGACGAGUGCGCGCGGGCGAGGCCGCAGUGCUCCCACACGUGCGAGAACGUCGACGGCAACUUUAUGUGACCUGAAGCAUUAUUGUUCUACUCCACGAGCUCAGAAAUAAGUUACGUGAAAGUAAAGAGCAAGCAGGAUGUUGUCCUUAUGACGAACAUGAAACAGGCAAGUGCAAGAACACCCACAGUUUUCAAACCUAGACUUGUCAUUGAAAUUGCAGCACAUGGAGUAUCGUUCGACGGCACUCAUCUGUACUGGGUGGAGACCCAACAGGGGCACCAGGCCAUCGUCCGAGCAAAUCUGAACGAUAUAAAGGGAACUAAGCAGGUGUUAGUGAGCUUGGGCCUGGAGGACCCCGGGGACGUGGUGUUAGACUGGGUGGGCGGGCACAUAUACUUCAGCGACGUGCACCGCGGCACAAUCUCCGUCUGCAAAACUGACGGCUCCAUCUGCUCCACCCUCAGGACUAAGACCAAGCGGCCGAGAUUCGUUACCCUCUCAAACAAACACGGGUAAAUCACGAACACAUCUAUGUGCAAUAUUCUACACAGCCCUGCGAUUCUGUAAAAAUUCAAACCAGAAUUCGAAUUCAUUCAGGUGUCCGAAUUCACUACAAAGAGCGACAUUAACGCAAUCUUGAAUUAGUAAUAACGUUUUGUAGCAUAAGUGAAGUGAGUUUCGAAGUGAAGUGAAUGACAUAGGAAUAGCAUAUCUGAGACACGUAUAAUCAAUCAAUUUUGUUUUGUAUUUUUAUACAAUAAAUGGAGUCUAUAGAUUUUUUACUUUAUAACGUGAAUUCGGACACAUGAGUGAAUUCGAAUUCGGGUUUGGAUUUUUACAAAAUCACAGGGCUGAAACUAUUAUAAAAAAGAAUAUAAGUGAUUUCAAAGAAAGUAAAAAAAGAAAAACAAUACUUAUCUAUAAUGUGGUAUAUCGUGUGGGAUAGGAUCAUCUAUAAUGAUACACACUAAUAGGAACAAUUGGCGAUGAUGAAUCACUACGCAGACCAAGUGCGGAUUGAUGAGUCUUGACAAAUGCCGACGGGGCCAACGGUGUAACAAGCUUCCGAAGCAUCUAGGAGCUCAAAAUAAUAUAUUUUUUAUCGCCCAUCCUAUGACUAGCCAUUGCUUAAGUUCUUACUUACUUACUUCUUUUGCCCUUCCCGAAACAACUACAAGAUGCAGUCAAUUUCAGCAGCUUAAUCGAUCGAUUACAGAGUUUGCGAUAGUUGAUUAA